GUUCAGUCGUUUGGUUUUCUUCUGCCGGUAUGGACGUUCAAUGAUAAGCAAUUCAACAGCGAAAUAAAAGAGAAUUCAUAAUAAUAAUUAGGUUUCGGUUUAUUUUGUGGUGAAAUUCAUUCACAAAACUAUUUAAUAAAUAUUGAAUUAUUAUCCGUUGUUAUGCUAUCAAUUUUUUUUACGAUUAUGACGAACUACAUUUCCAUCGGGGAAAAUAUUUAAAUAAUUUUCCAUUAUCUCUACAAAAUUUAUAAAUGAAACAAUCGGUCAUAUAAGGAUAUCGACAGUUACAAUUGUGCUUAGCGAUUAGAACAAGUGUUCUGUUUGAACAGAAAAGAGUUUUAUUUUUCAUCAAAUACAUUUCUCUAAAUUUGCUGUGUGACCAUCCCAGUAUUAAAUUUUCAUUUGAACAGAACGAUUGUUUGUGACUGUGUGUGUCUCGUCAAAGUGUUACUUUCUGUUAAUUUGUUCAAAAACUUAAAAAAAAAACGUAUAGCUUGAAUAGAUAGAUGAUGUAACCAGUUUAUUGUUCUCGAAAACCUACAACAUUUAGAUAAUAAAAUUUUGAAGUGUGCUAGAAUUAUCUAAACAUUUUUCCACAUCGGUUCAGGAAUACAUCAAUAUUAAAGUGAACGCAACAAUGGCACCGGGCGUGAUACAACAAAAUCUUAUGAUCAUCGAUCAAAAUCCGAACAUAGUUUGUGCAUCCGAACAACAGAAGAACUACAAAAACUUCGAUAUGAAAAAUGCGGACGCAGAAAAUUUCAGCGUCGAUAAAUACAAUGAAUUACUGGAACAGUCAACCCUACUGCAUCGAUCGGUUCGCAACGAUGUGAGUGAAGCCAAAAUAAGAAGUGAAACGAAUGGUGGUGUACAUAGUGUAAAUAAACAAAUUGAUAGCGAUUUAAGCGAACUGGACAAGGCCGUGGAGUUCAAACCGGCGAUUAGAUGGCCGGAUCUAAUAGUACAAACGUUUCUGCACACUGGCGCAGUGUAUGGGCUGUUCCUGCUGUUUCAUAUCAAAAUGUUCACAUUUCUUUGGAUUAUGUUACUUAUAAUGGGUUCCGGUUUCGGUAUCACAGCUGGUGCUCAUCGACUCUGGUCUCACAAAGCUUACAAAGCGAAUUGGCAACUUCGAGUAAUAUUAAUAUUUCUAUUCACAAUUGCAGGACAGAGAGAUGCGUACACCUGGGCUCACGAUCAUCGAGUACACCACAAAUAUUCGGAAACAGAUGCAGACCCGCACGAUGCUCGUCGAGGAUUUUUCUUCGCUCACGUUGGCUGGCUAUUUCUUACACCACAUCCGGAAGUCGUAGCCAAGCGAAAAUUAAUCGAUUUGACUGACCUGCAAAAUGAUGCCAUUGUAAUGUGGCAAAAAAAGUAUUAUGAAAUACUGUUCGCUUUGAUUGCCAUCGGAAUGCCGGUGUUAGUGCCAUGGUACUUUUGGAACGAAAGUUUGUGGAUAUCGUUUUGGGUGAAUUUCAAUUUGAGAUUUUGCAUCACACUGAACAUUGCAUUUUUCGUCAAUAGUGUCGCUCACAUGUACGGAAAGCGACCCUACGACAAGACAAUAAGCCCAGUGGAAAAUCUAUCUGUGGCUAUAGCUGCACUCGGUGAAGGAUGGCACAACUAUCACCAUGUGUUCCCAUGGGACUACAAAACCGGCGAAUUGGGUGAUUAUACGUACAAUUUCACUACUGCAUUCAUUGACACCUUCGCAAAACUUGGAUGGGCUUACGAUCGGAAAUCUGUGAGCCCAGAGAUGAUUGCACGGCGAGCAGCUAAAUGCGGAGAUGGUACACAUUUUCUAGACAGCGAAGAAUCUCACAAAAAUCCAGUGUGGGGCCUUGGUGAUAACGAUAUUUCGCAGGAAGAUUUGGAUGAUUUGGACAGAAUGCAGACCUAAUACUUUGCGAAUUCGUUUGUCUAACAUUGUUGUUAACACAAGUCUAGCCUUUUUACAAAGUAGAAAAAAAUAUUUAUGCAAUUGCAAUGCAAAAAGUCAAGCGUGUCGGAAAUACUUUCCUCCCAAAUUGCCAGAUGAUAAUACAACUUUUUCGAGGAUCAUUGGUAUAACAGACAAAAUUAAUGUUAACAAAUUUUAGUAAAUAAAAAACUUUGUGGCCUUUAUAGUGUAA